AUGCCUCAGGCAAACGGUGAACAUCUCCCCACGACGUUUAUCUUUGAUGAACAAUUUGCCUUGUGUUGCGAUGACCGAGCCAAGUACCAAGAUACACAAGGGCAGGCAAAGAAGACCCCGUGUACCGGAGUCGUUGCGAAAGCGGACGGCGCAAGCGUGGAGGCGGCAACCCUUGCACCCGUUGCCAACAGCAGCAAAGAGCAUGUCGUUUUGAGAAUGCUAGUCGACUACCAACAGAAGCCAGGAAUGGCCGAACUAGGUGAGCCUUUACCAAAAGUCGUUUUUGGAACGACAAGCUCAUUCUUGUAG